AUGAACCAGUUAAAACGGAUGCAGCGAAAAGCUGCUCUAUGGAUUACGGGUGCUUUCUGCACCUCACCCACGGGCGGUCUUGAGGCCUUAGCAGGUCUCAUCCCCGUCCACCUUAUGCUGAAGAAGCUGGCAAUGCGUGCAGUGUAUCGCGUUGCCACCCUCUCGGACACCCACCCCCUUCGCUCUAUGAUGGGUGAGGGACUCCUUAAGCGAGCCGCACCACAUGCUCGCUCAUCCGCCUUGAUGACCCCAGCUAUGCGAGGGAAAGUCAAGAGCACUGUCAUGGAGGUGGACGAGCGCGUCCACACCUUAACUGAGAGCUUUGAGCCCUUUGCGCCCGAAGCUCGCCCAGGCGAUCGGUUACUGGACCGCUAUGCGGACCGUCUCCAUUUUGACAAGUGUGAUCCAACCCAGGAUAGGCGCCCAUAUCUAGAUGAGCUCAUCGCGAGAGCGAGGGCCGACCCACUAACAGUACUGGCUGCGACUGAUGGCUCCGUCCCUCAGUCCAAUCAGUAUCAGGCGGCUUCGGCUGCCAUCAUCUACAAGGGACAUCGCGAGCUUGAAAGGACUUGUUAUGUCUCUGGCAGAGUUACCGCCCCAGAUGCGGAACUCAAUGCCAUCUUGUGCGCAGUGCGCCUUGCUGUCAAGCAGGUAAACUGCCAGCAUAUUAUGGUCUUUACUGACUCUAUAGGCUCAGCCCGUAGAGCGGUUGACCCUGGCGUGCAUUCUGGUCAGGCUUUUAGCUUGUCAGUUUGUCGCGCUCUCCAAGAGUGGUUUGAGGCGGAUGACCUUUGCCGCAUUACCUUCGUCUACGUUCCAUCUGCUUUGCGGUGGGACAUCCAUGGUGAAGCACACAAGUACGUCACCGAGCUCAAAGUCAGGGUUGGACGUCGAAAGACGGACAACUCUAUAGACACGCUACGCUCUCGAGCGGCGCACUCAGUCCUGGAUUCGUGGAGCUCCACUUUCCAGGAUUCAACCUACCGAGGCUCUGAAUUCCUAGAGCUCGCCCGCGUUUGCCGGUGUAUAACUGGCCACGCGCCCAUUGGAGCGUAUUACCGUCGCUUCAAGAUCAACGAGCCUCAUGGCUGCACUUGCGGGGCUGCUUUGCAGUCCCGCCAGCAUGUCCUCUUUCGCUGCCGCGAUCGCUACUCUGUGCACUACCCCCGAUUUCUCGGGGAUAUUGCAGCUUUUAUGAAGUACAACCCUACAGCGUUUGGCUUCAACCGGGACCCCUCGGGUGUCGGAUAA